GGGCAGUUAAAGUUAGACACGGAAAAUCAUGGUUUGACUUUUUUUUUUGGGACGGAGGAAGUAUACGCCAAUCAUUUGAUUCUUCCCCACCUAAUAUGCCAGAACCCAAUCACAAUCGCUCAGCAUCUUAUUCGCCCGCUCCAGCCAUACCUGCUUUAUCUAAGACCCGAGAACACUCAAAGUGAUUAGCAGCAAAAAUUCAAAAAAAAAAGUGAUUAGCAACAAUGCUGAGGUUCUUUCAAAUAAACAAUGCUAAGUUUCUUGCUGUCCCAGGACCCAGAUGAAGCACAGAUUAAAGUACAUUAUUAUGUGCUAAGGUUUCUUGUUGCCCCAGGUGAAGCACAAAAUUAAAAGAACAUCAUGGUCUAGCUUGUGCUAUCCGGUAUCUAAUUCUUUGUACUCUCCACUUACCUCUUACAAAAGUGACAAGCAAGUCAGUCUAAUGGACAUGCAACCGGGUCAUUACCAGCAGAGGAGGAUGGUUGCUUCGAGCAAGGCCAUCAAGGUCGGGCCGUGGGGAGGCACCGCCGGGAGCCCGUGGGACGACGGCGCGCACCGCGGCGUCCGGAGCAUCGCCCUGACGUACGGGCGGUUCCUCGAGUCGAUGAGGGUGGAGUACGACAGGAACGGCCACCCUGUCCACGGCGAGAAGCACGGCGGCGGCGGCGACGGCAGAACAAGCCGCACUGCCGAGGUGAAGCUGGACUACCCGUACGAGUUCCUGACCGGCGUCGGCGGCCGGUGCGGCCCGGUGGCGCACGGCGGAUCGACGGUGGUUCGGUCGCUGACGUUCCGGACGAGCACGGGGGCGGUGCACGGGCCGUUCGGGGACGCGUCGGGGGACGGGGUGCCGUUCGAGUACCCGAUGGAGGGCGGCGUGGUGGUCGGGUUCAGCGGGAGGAGCGGGUGGUGGCACCUCGACGCCGUCGGCCUGCACGUCGCGGCGCUGCGCCCGGAGACGCUCUGCGACGUGGUCCAGGAGCGCGGCGCCAUGGCGUACCGGUCUUUCGUCUACGGGAACGGCGGCAGCAGCUCGGGAGCGCAUCAGCUGCAGCAGAAGAGGAAGCCGUUCGAGUGGUGCUACAAAUAAGCAGACAAAACGAUUCCUUUUUCUGCGGAAUAAACAGUGAUUGAUUCGUAACUAA